UUCCCACCUAGCUGCCACACUCAAUCUGCUUCCUUUCCUCCUUUCAUUCACACAUGAAAUGGCAAUCAGACAGAGAGGAAGAGAGGGGUCUGAGAGAGCAGAGGAGAAGGUAGAGGGGCUACCGCUUACCCGCUUACCGCCGUCGCAUGCACCAUCACUCCGUGGAGUUGUGCCUUGCCGCCGGACCGCCUUUGAUCUGCCACACGCGUUGUCACCAUAGAGAGAGGAAGCAACGCGGUCGAAGAGAGGAGGAGGAAGGAGACCCGUCGCCGUCGGAGCCCGCUUCGUCACCGCCGUUGAGGUCCUCACCAUCGCCGUUAUUGGAGGUCUAUGAACAGAAGGGAGACACGCGGGGAAGGAUGAGCCUUCGCCUUCGCCUUCGCCGUUCUGCCUCAACCGGCGUUGCCGUCAUGUCUUGGUGCCAUUAAUGAAGGAUGCCAUCGCGAGGAGAAGCGUUGCCUCGCUGCCGUCGCUGAUGACCCCAGCCACCACUGAAGAGAGAGAGAGAGAGUCCAAACGUAAGGCCUUCAUCGUCACUCGCGCCGCCGCUGUGGUGUUUGCAUCGCCGUUUCUGUCCUGGGCGUCAUCGUCACCAUCGGUAUCGGUGGAAGAGAGAGAGAGCUUGCGUCAGAGACUAGAGAGAUGUGGUCUGAGCUGUUGCUGCCUCUGUCGCGACUGGUCCACCGGUGCCACUGCUGAAGGUCGUCGCUGGUCUACACGCCGCCGCUGUGCUCCUUACUGCCAUUGCCGCCGUUCCUGCCGCCAAGGCCGCCACCCUCCUGGCUGCCGCAGUGGUUGUGGUCCUCUGUAUGGUCGCCGAAGAAAAUCGCCGUGGCUGCUGAAACCACCGCCGGGUUUUUCAUCGCCACUGCCGUUUAAGGUGGCUGCCGGGCUGUCGCCAAACCGGUUCGGUGACCGCCGCUAUUUUGGUUCAUCCGUUCCUUCUUCGUUCAUCGUAGGGUUGUGUAUCGAUGCUUGCGUGACUUGCUCGGAGUUCGCGACUGCUUCAUUUCACUAGUUCAUGUCACUAUGGUUGUUGCGAAAGUGGCUUGGAGCCGAGGUUUUGGUUGUCGGUGAUUUCGAGUUGAGGCGAAAAAGACUCAGUGAGGCGUUUGGGCUAUCGUUUUGCGUUUUGAGGUUUUUCCUUUUCAGGAUAUGGACGACGAAGUUUUAGAAGAGUUUAUUUCAUUUUCUAUUUAUUCGAUAUUUUUAUAUUAUCUUAGUUAUUAUUAUUUUUUUCUCGCCUUUGUUUUUACCAAUUUUGUAAGAGGGAUAGGAAUUUGUGAUAUGUAUGUUUAUAAGUUAUUGUUAUGUAUAUAUAAUUUUAAAGUAUUGUACCUGGUCUGUAUGUAU